AUGUCCUCUCAGAUCUUGCAGACAGAGCUCUCAAAUCUGAUCCAGGAGUCGAAGCGCAAAUACUCUGAUCUGAAAAAUGCGGCCGAACAAUCACUAAAUGAGUUGAAGUCAUUGCCUUCAACCUCGGAGGCACAGAUAAAAGCCGAUCUCAUACGGCGCCCGCACUUUGUCACUCCAUUCAUUCUUGCCUGUCAGACACGACAGUCUAAACUUGCGUCAAUCGGAGUUGUUUGCCUGCAGAGACUCGCAACAUCACAUGCUAUCUCACCUGCUAGGCUCAAUGAUACUCUAUCUGCCUUGGGGGACAUUACUGGGCUGAACCAGGAUGUGCAGCUUAAAAUCCUUCAAACAUUACCAGCCUUGCUUCACAACUACUCUGAUAAUCUGAGUGGGGAACUGCUUGCCCAUGUUCUAGAGGUAUGUGCCACUUUGCAAGCUAGCAAAGUUGCUGCGGUCUCAAAUACCGCAGCUGCUACCUUGCAGCAACUCAUUAGUUCGGCUUUUGAAAAAGUAUUGGUUGAAGAUGGCUUGCAAAAUGCACUUACUGUUCAGACGCAAGUCGGAGGUUCGACGGUGGACAUCGGGGUGGCUGCGCACGAUGCUCUUCAGAUAUUGAGUGAUCUAUGCCGUGCCGUCGAAGGCGAGAAGUUGGAAUUUCUUCACAUUAAGGCUCUUCCAACCAAUUUCGUCCUGGAGCUCAUUGAAAGUAUCUUGAUCAACAACAUCAGACUAUUUCUGAACCACCCGGAGCAGAUGCAAUUAUUGCAAACCCGCCUCCUGCCAUUGACUGUCAAGCAUCUUUCAGAGAGACAUAAUUUUCCCCCGACUUUGCGAGUUGCCCGGAUACUGCUGGUUCUUCUGCGCAAUUUUAUGAGCCUGCUGCAGGAUGAAUGUGAAAUGGCUCUAGGUCUUUUGAUUCAUUUACUGGAACCAGAAGCAUCACCGGAAUGGAAAAGGGUUCUUUGCAUGGAAGUUUUCCGCAGCCUACACUCAGAGCCCAGUCUGAUCCGGCUUAUUUUCACUUUAUUUGAUGGUACUCAGGGAAGAAAAGACAUAGUGAAAGAUCACAUGACCGCUCUCUUCAAGAUAGCGUCAGAAAGUCCGUCUCUCAUAGGUGUCAGCCAUCAGUCUACGGUACCACAAGACGCUUCGCAAACCCGAUCCAAUACCGAUGAUCAGAUUACGCUCGAAGCUGGAGGCGUCGAUGGGGUCAUUGCAGCAGCCGUAAACUCGGCGGAUGAGAGUGUGACGGGGAUCAGCAGUCAGUGGAGCACGGUUCGCACACCGUAUCUCGAGCUCCUUGACAAAUCAGAGCCACCGCCCCCUCCAGUAUCAUACAUCUAUAGCCUCGUUUUGAACUGUCUAAGCGCACUAGCCGAAGGUCUUGCCAGAUUCAUCAUUCCAUUGACAGUAACAGAGUCGAAAAGCAAGCGGAGGAAAAGAAUCGCAACUAAUGAUCGAGAGCAAGGCUCGAAUGACUUGCAUAGAUCAGACUCCACAAAAUCAAAUGGAUCUGAAUCUAGAAGGCAAACAGUGCCGCUCAAUCCGUUAGACCUUCAAGAACAUCCACAGCGUUCCGCUAUUACUUCUAGUGCUGGGAUUAUUGAAUCAUGUUGGCCUGUCAUUCUGACCACAUGCUCCAUUUUCUUCUACGCAGCUUUGGACGCGGAUUUUUAUCACAAUCUCGUACGGUCGUUCCAGAAACUAACACAUGUCGCUGGCCUUCUCCGUCAAUCUGCGGCGCGAGACGCAUUUCUAUCCACACUCGGGAAAGCUACUCUUCCUGUGGACGACGUGACCGCUCACCUUCCUAGCACACACGCUCCUGAAGCCAAACAAUCGAGGAACUCAGAUGCAGGCCAUGAGCAAUCGCUAGCCGCGCACUUUGACACACCCAAAGCGUCUUUUGAAGCUACAAGGGCCUCAUUGAGCACUAGAAAUCUCCUCUGCCUUCGAGCUCUGUUGAACCUGGGCAUUGCUUUGGGACCAACACUAGACCAAAGCGCAUGGUCUAUACUUCUGGAAACCUUACAAAAUGCGGACCUAGUAAUCAAUGCCUCCGCGACGGCCUCUGGUAAACAAACGCCGACUAUCGGAAACGGAGAACAGGCCGCACAAAGUGGUAACGAUGUUCCUAGAGCUAACAUUGGAAACGAGAUACUUGCUGUUUCGACUGCUGCAUCGAAAAUGUUUGAGAGCACAGCAGAUUAUCCGGACCCAUCUUUUCAAGCAAUUCUCGAGGCGCUUCUUGGAUUGCUAUCCGCUAAGGGACCAGGGGCGCUACCAACGGCUCUAUCCCCCGUGAAAUCUGCGAACCAGCAUUUUGCGAAUUCUAGAAUCCAAGAUGACGAAAUCAAUCUCGUGCUGGAUCGGACCAAGGAACUCUGCGAAGCAAACAUUGAACGUUUAUCAGUCGUGGGCGAGGAUGAAGACUUUGCUUGGAUUACGUUGAAUAAGAACCUGAAAUCGAUCAUAACAAGUGGCACACAUCACCGGACUCUUCGUUUGAAAGCGAGCGGUAUCCUCAACUACGUUAUUCUUCAAACUAUGAAACAUGGCUGGUUCGAAGACGACUCUCGAAACACUCUUCAACUUCGAAAUUUGCAGUCGUUGCAAUCGCAAAUCUCAUCUUUGUAUGAACACCGCGACAAACUAACAAGUGUGGAUGCAGAAGCUCAUGGGCAAGCUCUGGACACACUAAGAGUCAUGCUUGAGCAAUAUGGCGAGGCUUUUACAUCUGGAUGGGACUUGAUCUUUGAGUUGAUCUCGAGUGUCUUUGAAAAGCCCGAGACUGAACAAAGUGAGACAUCUUUUACGAGAAAAUCCCUGUCAAAAGCCAGAAAUUUUAAGGCGAGAUCUCCACGUUUGGUGCGAGUAGCUUACACUUCGCUUCAACUUAUCGCAUCCGAUUUCCUUACUUUACUCCCACCGUCGUGUCUCCUUGAAUUGGUCGAUUCGUUGUCAUUUUUUGCUUCACAGAAUCAGGACUUCAACAUCUCUUUGACUACCACCACCUUCUUCUGGAACGUCUCAGACUUUCUGCAGAGCCAAGUCGGCACAUUCUCGAUUGAGGAGUCUAUGGAUACAUCUAUAAGCGAAGAGUCACUUGCCUCGUUAACUGACGAUGAUGAUAUCUCUACAUCAAGAGGAGCGCUGUGGCUACUAUUGCUUCUACGCAUCGUUGAUCUUACUACAGAUGAUAGGUCCGGCAUUCGCAAUAGCGCCAUCCAUACUCUUCUUAGAAUCUUAGAUGCGUACGGCCCACAGCUUACGCCAAAAACAUGGCAUCUUUGCUUGAACCGAGUGCUAUUUGUCAUGAUGGUGGAUGUCCAAAACAAAGCACUUGAGAUUGAAAGUUCUGCCGACGGGGGAUCAGAUGCAGUGAAAGAAUGGAUUGAAACAUCCGUGGUUGUCAUCAAAGGCAGUGCUGACCUGAUUGCAACCUUCUUCGACAUAAUUAUCCAAGACCCACGAUUUGUUAAUUCCUGGAAGCGAAUGCUCGAAUGUUUCCAAGCAUUGGUCCGUAUCAACAACUACGGAAUCAAAGAAGCGAUAUUUGCUAGUACCUAUGACAUUGUAAAACAUGCAACUUCCAGCGAAUUCACCAAGGAAGCUAUUGAAUGUGCUUGGCUUUUAUGGACAAAUAAUCAUUUAGCCCCUGAAGGUGCCCAGUUGAAUUUGGAUGAGCCGAACCAGGAUGCACUUAUUGCCUACUUCCGGUUUUUUCAACAGAUCUACAGGUUAUACCGGGAUGAAUUGUCGAAAGAACUGGUCGCCCAGGUUCUGCAUCACGUGCGAACGGCCAUUUAUAACGCAGUGGUUUCAAGAUACUCGGUCGACAUUGACCAUCAGUCGACUCUGCAGGAACUGGUCCUCGAUUGCAUCAAAACGCUUUGUACAGAUAAAGACGAGUCGCAAUCUGACAUUGUGAUGUGCCUAGCAGAUUUCAGCGAUGCCGCUCUAACUCAGUGGUCGACAGACAGAGACAAGAGUCGACCAUCAUAUGUGGCGUUCUCCAAGAGCGCCAUCGAUCUUCUGAGUUGGUACAUUGCUGAGCAUGGCAUCAAAGCGGACAUAUUCUCUGAUGGGACAUUGACAACGGCACUUCAACAUUUAGCUCAUCCUAUUACUCGCAAGUACGAAUGGCGUGGCAAAGACCGUGAGCAAUUGAUUUGGCAAAAGGCGACGACAGCUGCUAUCAAGAUAAUUCGUGUUGCUGUUCCGUAUGUUGAGAGCAAGUAUGCCUCGUCCCAAAAGUCUCUCAUCACUUCGUUCUGGUCUACUGUCAUUGAUAUUACUCGAGGUAUCAUCUCGGCGGACGGAUAUGACGACUUUGCUUUAUCGACCUCGCGAAUUGAGGCUGACGAAGAUUUCGACAUUGACUCUUUCAAGACCUUGAUACCGUUGCUCAUUCCAUCUCUAGGAGCGAGCAACGUACCCGAUAGCACUCGGAGAGAUUUGGCAUGCGCUCUAUUCCGAUCAUCGCUUAUCUACUUCCCCCAAAGAAUGGACACGCCCAUGGAAACAUUGCUCGAAAACCCGCUUCAUGACCUGUACAAAAUCCGUCGUGGAAGGACAUAUGACCCAUCACCCACCGCAAGAUCCCGCAUAGCAGACGUCCUCAUCGACACAAUGUUCACACUCGCCGAAGCAUCGUCACUUUCCUCAACAGACGAAAGCCAAAACGCAUCUCGCAUUGCCAUAGCACGCUCAAUCCUGCCGUAUCUAAUUCUCCGAUCUUUCCUCCCUCUCAAAUCCUACAUUGCCGAUCAACCUUUGCGCGGAUUACUACCACAACCGGCACCGGCGCAUCGCGAGUUGGUCCAUAUUCUGGAUCGUCUAUUCACUCUAAAAAGCGAACCCGCAGCGAUACCCGAUGCACCUUGCGGAAUCGUUUCGUCGCCUCAAUCCACAUCAUCCCCUUCCAGCAAGAACGACAAGCCUGGCUCCCGAUCAACCUUCCAUCUGGCAUAUAGUAAACAUCUAGGAUGGGUGUAUCCUCUCGUCAUAAAGUGUGUGCGUGUAGCCGGAAAGCAGAAAGGGCGCGGGAACAAUGAUGUCGUGGUAUUGCAUCAUUUGACGCGAAUCUUGGAUGCUGUGUGCGACGAUGAGUAUGAAGAUGAAGAUGUGGUCUAG